UCCCAGACGGGACAUUUGGCCAAGACUGAUUCAUCAAGUCAUAAGAACUAGACAACAAAAACAUUGUCAAAAGAAGGAAUAAGGACAUUGAGUGUGUGACCAAAGCAAAGUCAAGUAGACAACUUCCAAUGUAUUAAAAACAGUUUAACUUUUUACACCCCAAAGGAUAUUAUAUUACACCAACAUGCUGAGGAGGCCACGUGUUUCACAAGAUUUUGAAGACACUUGACAGGAGUUUCACAAAUUAAUAGGAGAAGCAGUUAGUCUAUUCAACAAAGGGGAUAGAGCUGCCCCGGGUUCCCAGCUCCUCGCUGAGGGAAUCCACCCAGCUGGUUGGUAUUUGGACACUGUGUUCAAUCAGGUCCUCCUACGAGCCCUGCAGCCAUGAAUCUGGAGCCCCCGAAGUCUGAGAUCAAGUCAGCGACCCGCGUCUCUGGGGGGCCAGCCACGCCACGUAAAGGCCCCCCGAAAUUCAAGCAGAGGCAGACCCGUCAGUUCAAGAGCAAGCCCCCCAAAAAGGGCAUCCAGGGAUUUGGAGAUGACAUCCCAGGCAUGGAAGGAUUAGGCACUGACAUCACUGUCAUCUGCCCGUGGGAGGCCUUCAACCACCUGGAGCUUCACGAAUUGGCCCAGUACGGCAUCAUCUGAGACCGCAGCUUCUCACAGCCCUGUAAGCAGUUCACAUCCUCCUCUCCACCAUCUUUGGAUCCCACUGGAACUUUCUGGCACAUACUCUACAGAAAAAGCGAUGGGAAACAAGCAUAAACUUCCUUCUUUUUCUGGUUUCCUCUUUUGUUCUCUGAAUUUUUCAUGCAUUCCCGCUCCUCUCUAGAGCACCUUUGGUUCCAUUGUUGAAAUUCCAAGUGGUCGGGUGUGCUCUGUUGUCAUGGAAACUGGCUGGCCAAUCCCCUCUCUCCACAAUGUGCUUUUUCUUACCUCUCCCCACCUGUUGAGUUUCUUGUAAAAGGAAUGAAACUCGAAACUUAAGCUGAGUUUGCCGAGCUGACAAACACGAUAACCCAUGAGACCCCUCAGUUUCAUGAGCCCAGGUGUGUCUGGGGCCACCUGGAGGCCACCUUUGGAACAGCACCUCUGCCUUGUUUCCGUAGAGAUGAUACCGAGGUCUGAGGCUGACGCCUGCUGGCCGAUGCUAAACAUUACAUUUCUCCCACUGGAUCUCGGUCUACCAUAAAUGCAGUUUCACUGCCCUCCUCCAACAAAAGUAAGAAACCACCAACUUCAUUCAUUAGUCAACCCAUACAAUCUUUUUGUUUCGCUGAGUUUAUGUAUUUGAAUUUGCUCAGAGAAGCUCGUUCUGUUUGGGUAUUCGAGGCCACCGUAUUUCUUGACUAUCGGCAUGGAAUUUAAGUGGGAGAUGGGGGGGGGGGGG